AUGCUUGGGAGUUACCUGCCAUUUGGGUCGUAUGCGCAGUUUUCCCCUUCUUCCCAGUCGUCCCUACCAUCAACGGCGAGGAGUCGUCCAGAAAAUAAAGUGAUGGAAUCGAUGCAACAAAGGGAUGACAGAUCAAGGUGGAUAGCGCAUAGCAAUCAUAAUAUAAAAUGCUUCACAAAAUGGGAGGUAGAAAUAAUAACCAACAACUAUAGAACUAUUAUCGGGAGGGGUGCUUUCGGAGAAGUUUACAGAGGAGUCCUGGACAAAAGUGUGGUUGCAGUGAAGAGAUUUGUCCACAAUGUGAGGGAAAACUUUGAUCAAGAAUUGACCGCCCAUCGCGAAGUCAAUCACAAAAACGUAGUCAGGCUCAUUGGUUACUGUGUAGAGGAAAAUGCCCUAAUGAUGGUCACCGAGUAUAUCCCUAACGGAAACCUGAGUGGCGUUCUUCACAGUGACAGCAGCAUCCCAAUCUCUCUGGAAGCACGCAUUAGAAUCGCCACAGAUUGUGCAGAGGCAUUGGCAUCCAUGCAUUCUUACAUGUAUACUCAGGUCAUCCAUGGGGACAUCAAGCCUGCAAAUAUACUAUUAGAUGAAAGCCUAGAUGGAAGCCUCAGGGCAAAAAUAUCAGACUUCGGAAUAUCAAGACUAGUCAAUGACCCAGAUAGAACCUUGUUCACAGCCCAUGUAGUGGGCAGCAUAGGUUACAUGGAUCCUUUGUUUGCUCGGGAUGGACGCCUCACUGCGAAGAGUGAUGUUUACAGUUUUGGAGUUGUCCUGGUUGAACUGAUCACUCGGAAAAGGGCAACAACAUCAGGUGGGGAAGCCAACAUUGUUGAUGUAUUUACUAACACUCUUGCAAAUGGGUUCAGAGGGGUGAGAGAGAUCUUUGAUGCUGAAAUUACAAGCCAGAACAACAUGAAGAUUCUGGAAGGGGUUGCAAAGCUAGCCGGUGAGUGCCUGCUGAUGGAAAGGGGAAGACGUCCUGAUAUGAUUGAUGCGGUAGAACGACUCCGGACAUUUGGGAAAGCUGCACAUCAAGGACAACAACGGAAGAGCAAGCCAACGCCUCCAGCUCUAGUUAAUACUUCGCCCUCAGACCUCUGCCGCCGGUUCUCUCAUGAAGAGAUGAAGGCUGCAACAAGAAACUUCGACGACUCGCUUCUUGUUAACCCUGAUGACAUUUUUGGUAGUAGAGUUUACUGUGGUGGGAUUGAUGGGGGAGCAACCAAAGUGGCUAUCAAGUGCCCAAGAAACAGGCAUGGUGGUGGCCGUGAAUCCCAUUCUGUGAUAGAGAUGAGGUCAAAGCUCAGACACCGUCAUAUUGUGCCCCUGGUAGGUUAUUGCGAUGAGAACAGCGAAAUGAUCCUGGUGUACGAUUUCAUGGCUCAUGGAACUCUGCACUAUCACUUGUAUGACAACAAGGAGCAGCGCCUUACUUGGAAGCAGCGUUUGGAGAUCUGCAUUGGUGCAGCUCGUGGCCUACACUACCUUCAGAGAGGUACAAAGCAUGGCAUUAUCCACGGGAACCUGAACACAGAAACUAUUCUCCUCGAUGAGAAUUGGGUUGCCAAGAUUACUGAUGGUGGUUUGUCCGAUAAUGCUAGCAACUACUGGGUCUUACGUGUCAAUUUCUUAGCAGCAGAACCUCAUGGCCUAACUGAGGAAUCAGAUGUCCAUGCUUUUGGUGCUCUGUUGUUCGAGGUCCUGUCUGGAAAACUGGGUCGAAUUCUUCCAAAGAAAUACAUGUUAGAAUGGGCAUUGCGUUACAAGGAGGAGGGCAGGCUUCAUCUUUUUUUUGACCCCGCCCUUAAGGGAGAAAUUAAUCUGCAGUCUCUGAACAAGUUUGUCGAAAUCGCUGCGAAGUGUGUUGCUGAUCAGGAAAUUGACCGUCCGUCGAUGGAGGAUGUGCUCUCGGACCUGGAGUGUGCCCUUCAGUUGCAGGUGGACGUGAGUGCAGGGGCGAGUGGAAGUGGAAGCUAAGCUAAGUUUGGUGGCAGGACGUCAGAGGGUGGAAUGGGCAGGCACGAUUUCGGAAGAACGGAUUCUGAUGAGCUGAACACUAUCUCAGUGCCCGUAUUGCGACUGUAUCGAGGCUCCCUUGAGCAUGUUUUCAUGAGCUAAUGCUGUUCCAUAUUGCCCGUUGUGUAUUUGGUUUAUAUCUUUUGCAUUGCGACUCUAACCUGUACAGCGAAUUAGGACAAUAAAGCAAUCUAUAGGGUAAUGUAUUACUCCCUCCGUUUUUUUACAUGUUCUAAGUCAAACAUGUAACUUUAAUUAAAUUUAUAGAAAAAUAUAAUAACAACUAUACUACCAAACAUAUGCACUAUCAAAAUAUAUUUCAUUGUGGAUUCAAUGAAAUAAUUUUGGUCUUGUAGAUGUUGUUGAAUUUUUCUAUAAACUUGA